AUGCACUCGUUGACUGCAUUGAUUAUCCAAUUGGGCUAUGUACCAGAAUUGAUAUUGCAGAACAAGGCACAAUUUUGUAAAAUGCUUGUUGAGUCACACGUCCCAAGUCAUGCAGCUGCAGCAGCUUUACUUUUAUCUCAAAUUUAUGAAUUACAAGAGUUUAAAAUCCCUGUAAAGCCACAUGAUAUUGUUCAAGCGAUGUCAUUAAUUCUUGUAUCACCAAUUGCUCAAAGUCAAACUGCACGUAGUAGAUUGUUAGCUGCAUUAAAUGAAUCAACUCCUAGAGUGGUGUCUAAUUCAAAAGAGAAUGUCAGUGAUUCUCAUGCUGAAAUGGAUCUUUUAACAACAUUCGGUUUACCACAACUUCUAUGGCCAGCUAAUCAUGGUUGGCUUGAUGGUUUAUUCAAUUUAGCUCAGAUUAUGUGUACACAGACAGGAAAUAUGAUGUAUCAAUCACUUAUAGAAUUUCGAAUACCUGAAAGAAUUUGGCAAUGUUUAGAGCAAAUAUUUGAUCUGCAUAAACAGAUUAAUUCAUCAUUAGAUUCUGAAGAUGCAAUUGAUUUGAUUAUGCUAUCACCUAAAGGAAUAUUAUCAGCUUUAAAUUUAUCUGCAAAAAUUUUUACAAAGAAGCCAAAAUUGUGCAUUGAAACGUUGUUGUGCAAUCAAAGCCAAAUGUUAUCUGUUCUGAAGCAUUUCUUUACAACUAGAUGUAUUGAAGAAUUGAGUUGUAGUUCAUGGGUUUCACUGCAUCCAACUAACUUAGUACUGGAUAUUCUGAGUUCAUGUGCUCAUCUAUUGUACUACCCGUAUAAAAAUGGCGAAGAAGAUUACAAGAUUGCAUUGACUAAAUUAUAUUUGGAGAAUCAAAUGUUAUCUCACUUUAUUCAUGGAAUAUGCAAUGUUUGUAAUUUAACUAAAUCACAUACACCUUCGAAACAUAAUACUGAUAAUACACAAUCAGAUGACUCUAAUCGUAACAAUUCAAUUACACUACAAUCCUUAGAAAAUGAUCCAGUUCUCCUAUCACAUACUCAAUCUAUUCUGGUGAUUGCAUUUAAACUCUGUUGUGAUCCAAUUAAUUUACAUGGUAUUGAUAAUAAAGAUGAGAUUAUUCAUCAGUAUGGUGUUUAUGAUUUAGUUAAUGAAGAAGGUUUGACAUGUCGAAAAAUUUUAGGUAAACAAUUAAUCAAUCUACUGUUUGGAUCUGAUCUCGAUGAUUAUGAACCUGAAGUGAAAGCGACACAUGAAUUGAUUCAAUGGUGUUUCAUUUCACCUAUUAAAGAAAUUCAAUGGGGAUCGUGUGUUUUAUUGUCUCAGUUUUUGGCAUUUCGAAUAUUAGAAUUAUCUGAUCGAAAAAGUGGUAGUCGUUCACCUAGAUGUGAUCAAAUGAAAAUUGUAGAAGAAGAACGUACAGCUGGAAGUUUAGUUUGGUCUCUGUUAUCUCCUGUUGACAAACCAGAUGUACAAACUCCAGAAAAUUUGCUUAAUUUCAUCAGAGAUUCACAUGCAAUAACAGUUAUUCAUGGAUUAAGUCUAUUGAAUAAUCUUAUGCUUUGUAUGUAUAUUGAAUCGAAUAUGCGUGAAAUUCUACCGCAUUUUUCAAAUGAAUUACAAUGUCAUCAAAUAUGUCGUUUCCAGUUCAACGUAAACAGUCCAAUACCUAAACGUAAACACUUAUUAGGAUCAUCAAGAACUCGAAUUAUAUUAGAUGUGAAAUAUUUAACAUGGUUCUUUGAUAAACCACUUGAUUUAUGUGUUAAACUUUUAUAUCAUAACUGUUCAGUUGUCCGACAGUACGCAUUACUAUGUAUAGGUAAUGUAUUAUUUUUAUCAAGUGAAUUAUGCACUGUUAUACUUCCUGCAAUACCGAAAAUUUUAUCUCUAUUAACUGAAGAUAGUUCAUCUCGUGUUCGAACAAAUGCUGCAGCUAAUCUUGGAAAUAUGUGCUAUCAUAUUGAUCAGUUAUACGAUUCAAUCAGUAAGAACAAAGUUCUUCCUGCGCUGUUAGAAACUGGGUGUUUAGAUGGUGAUCGAAGAGUUCAAGAAGCCGCCUUAGCAGCAUUACGUGCACUCUGUUUAUCUGAUGAACGUAUCCGCCAUGAUUUAUACUCUAUGAAUACAAUGAAGCGAUUAAAUGAUAUGCAGGCUAGCUUAAAACAACUUGGUACAAAUCGUUCAGGACGUAAAUCAAGUGCUAGAAGUCGUAUGUCAAUUACACAAUUAGGCUUAAUCGAUUAUGAUGUGAUUAAUCAACAUGUUACAGCUAUAUGUGAUUUAUUGUAUGUUAGUCAAGAACAAUGA